AUGGCAGCAGAAAAUUACUCCACAGUGACAGAGUUCAUUAUUGGAGGCUUGACAAACCGGCCAGAGCUCCAGCUGCCCCUCUUCCUCCUCUUCCUGGGAAUCUAUGUGGUCACCAUGGUGGGGAACUUGGGCAUGAUCUCCUUGAUUGGUCUCAACACACAGCUUCACACCCCCAUGUACUUCUUCCUCAGCAACUUGUCCCUCGUGGAUCUCUGCUACUCUUCCAUCAUUACUCCUAAAAUGCUCAUCAACUUCAUGACACAGAAAAACAUCAUCUCCUAUGUGGGGUGCAUGUCUCAGCUCUACUUCUUCCUUGUUUUUGUCAUUGCUGAGUGCUACAUGCUCACAGUGAUGGCCUAUGAUCGCUAUGUGGCCAUCUGCCACCCUUUGCUUUACAACAUCAUCAUGUCUCAUGCCCUCUGCUCCCUGCUGGUGGCACUGGUCUAUAUCAUAGGGCUCAUUGGCUCAACAAUAGAGACUGGCCUCAUGGUAAAACUGCACUAUUGUGAGGUCCUCAUCAGCCACUACUUCUGUGACAUCCUCCCGCUCAUGAAGCUAUCCUGCUCUAGCACCUAUGAUGUGGAGAUAACGGUCUUCUUUUUAGCUGGAUUCAACAUCAUUGUCACCAGUUUAACAGUCCUGGUUUCCUAUGCCUUCAUCCUGUUUAGCAUCCUCCACAUCAGCUCCAUAGAAGGCAGGUCCAAAGCCUUCAGCACAUGCAGCUCCCACCUUGCAGCUGUGGGGUUGUUCUAUGGAUCCACUGCAUUCAUGUACCUAAAGCCCUCCACAGCCACUUCCCUAGCCCAGGAGAAUGUGGCUUCUGUGUUCUACACCACCGUGAUCCCCAUGCUCAACCCCCUGAUCUACAGUCUAAGGAACAAGGAGGUGAAGUCAGCCCUGCACAAAACACUGAGGAGAAAACUACUGUGA